AUGGGCCCUCCUCCACCAGCAAAGGCCGCGGACGCCAACACAAUAGCCGACCACUCAAGUAUAUCAACAGCCAGCUCCCCGGCUUUGAUAGGCAUUCCAAGUGUAUCGUCGACUAACUCUGCGCCUCUUGUAAAACCCGAAAAUGCCUCUAACAAGUCUGUUCCUACUGUUCCUGCGGCGCAACAUGAAAGCCCGGAAGAACGUGUGGCUCGAUUCCUAAAAUUCGUGAAGAAUAGUACCCCGGAGGAAAUCUCAGCAAUGGCACGGAAGUGUGGGCCACGAGGCGGCGAACCAAUCCCCUUCGACACGGACGAGGACGCCCCCUAUCACACGGACGAGAAGGAUAGCGACAAGCCAAAGGCCUAUCAGCAGAGACAAAAUGAGGGUGUCUCUGGUAACUUAGGAUUAUGGAAACUUGAUGCGUCGUCAGAUACCCUUUUCUUCAAGAAGCAAUGCACCAUUGUAUCCUCCAACUUUGUGAUGAGAACUCCUUUCUUUGUCUAUUUCGGUAUGAACACCUACCAGAGAUAUAUACCCGAUAAUCAACUAAAGGUUGAUAGAAUGAAACACAACGGCCACAAUAAGUCCAACGGAAGACUUAUAUGGCAGCCCUCUCGACGCCAGUUGUCGUGGAGCCAGUACCUCCAUAACGAAACCACCAAGAAAGAUCAAAUUUACGAAUUAUCCGUCGACUUUUCUAACCCUUCUAGAGACGAAGGGGCUUUCUACAUCUACCCGGAGUCAUUUCGAAGAGUUCUGCAAAAAGGGAGACCGGGCUGCUCAGUAUAA